AUGGCCAGGCCGCCCCUGACUCAAAGGACUCGGUGGAUCUGUGUUCCCUUUGCUCUGAUGAACCCCCACGUUUCGGACAUUAGUCACACACUGAUGAACAACACCCUGCACACUCCCUGGAUAGGAUCACCCGAGCUGAAAAAGACCUGGAUACUGAUUGACGAUUUCUUAUUCAUGGCCCUGGGGAGUCUGGGAUAUCAGUGCAUUCAUCAGAGGACUUUGUCGGCAUCGUCCACAUCGACAGCAAAGACCACUUGCUUUUUUUCGGCUUUCUUCCUGCCUAUUUUGGGGAUUCCUUCAAUACUUUUUGGGGCAGCUGCUGCCUCCACAGACUGGAACAUGACUUCGUACGGUUCUCCGUCUCCAUAUGAACGUGGGGAAUCAGCUCUAGUUCUGCCCCUCAGCCUCCAACAUCUCACUCCUUCCUUCAUCUCCAUCAUCGGUAUUGGAGCUGUGGCCGCCGCCGCGAUGUCGUCCCUCGACUCCGUUUUGCUUUCUGCAGCUUCUGUCUUCACCUCCAGCAUUUACAAGAACAUCCUGAGACCCCAGGCGUCGGAGAGGGAGAUCCAGUGGGUGAUCCGAGCCUCCGUGUUGGUCGUGGGCGUGUUUGGUUCAUCGCUUUCCUUCCUGAAAAACAGCAUCUUAUUGUUCUGGUUCAUCGGAGCUGAAAUCGCCUACGUCAUACUCUUCCCUCAACUCGUCUGCGUCCUCUUCGUCGACAUCUCCAACAGUUACGGGGCUGUUAUGGGUUUGUUGGUGGGAAUAAUGGUACGACUGCUAAGUGGGGACCCAUCAGGGAUCGCACCAAUCCUACACUUCCCAGGAUGCACUCUUGAGAACGGUGUUUACGUCCAGUACUCUCCAGUUAAAACCAUCUCCAUGCUGUCGGCCAUUGCUGCCAUCUUGUUGUUCUCCUACCUGACUUCUGUGCUCUUCAACAAAGGCCAUCUUCCUGAGAAGUGGGAUGUGUUUAAAGUGAAAACCCAGCACUCAUUGCAACCAGACACACCAACAGAUGGCGCUACAGAGCAUAAUGAGAGUGAGAAACUGAAUGGAAGCAACUCUCAGACAGAGGCAUCAACGCUAAUGGCUAGCACAAACUGUUAGCAUUCCUGUGUGUAUAAGAUAAGAUAAGGGCAACCUCCUCUUUGUCGUGGAGGGGUUGAACCUAAUCCAAAACAUGGCAAUCAGAAGCACAAAUAGGUUUUAGGUUUGGGUUUCGACCUUGCAAUGGGGAAGAUAGCGGUUGCGAGUGAUGAUCAAUAGAGUGCUAACUCCUGGGACGGCUACAAACAUUUAAUUUGGGAUGUUUUGGUUUAUUUCAAGCCCUUAGGCAUUGUGCUAAACACUUUUACAAAGUGCAUGAGGUGCUUGUUUGUGUAAAUGUAAGGUACAACUGUUAUUCCAAUGUGAUGUAAAACAAACAAGACUCAUGUGAAUUUGAAACCUUUGAAGCAGUUCACACUAAGGACACAAUAGCCGCGUUCACACCGGAGUACUUUUCACCGUACUUUUCGCCUUUAGUUCC